CAAGGUAGGGGUAAGUUGCAAUCAAGAACUUUCCUCUAGCCCUCUAGGCAGAGAAGAGAGCAAGUGCUUCCCCUUCACCUUCUGCCAUGAUUUUAAGUUUCCUGAGGCCUCCCGGCCAUGCUUCCUGUACAGCCUGUGGAUCUGUGAGUCAACUAAACCUCUUAUCCUCACAAAUUACCCAGUGUUUUCCACUGGCUAUUACUCACCCAAAUGGAAAUAUCAAGUAAGCAGUUGGAUACACAAGUCUUGAGUUCAGGAGGGAAUGAAAUCAAAGCUGGAAGUAGUAAAUCUGGGUACCAACCACAGAUAGAUGGGAUCAACACCAAGCUAAUACAUACAAGGAUCUGCUAUUUAAACACCAGUUAUGAACCAUGCUAAUUCUAUGAUCUUGAGAAAAUAACGACUUUACUCCUCCAUUUUCUCGUCUGAAAAACGGGAAUGAAAGUAAUGCUUUUUAGGAUGAUUGUGAGGAUUAAUAAAAUAAUCCCUAGUACCUGGGUAAGCACUCCAAGAAUGCUAUUGUAACUGGUUUAUAUUAUUUUCCACAACUGCCUUUACACUUGCUCUGGGUAUGGCCUUUUUAAGACAACUAAAGCCUGAAUGCUUUCCAUGGGGUCCACUCAGACACGCUUGCUCAUUCAAACUCUGCAAGUCCUGGAGGCUUACCCCUCUGCUGGCCCAAAUCCUCACCAGCCAUCUCAAAUAGCUUCAGCCAGCUUUGCACCCUUGGAAUUCUCCAGGCUAGAGAAAGGCACCAGCCUCAUGGAGUGAUACAUCAAAAUCCGCUCUCGGUAGACGUCUUCCCUUCGAGAUUUGCUUUGAGGGCUGCCCUAACCUGGCAUAAGAGGACAAACCCUCAGCUUUCUCUCUUGCGCGCGGUGUGGUGACAGCAGGCACAGCCUCGAAAUGCAGAAUGACGCCGGCGAGUUCAUGGACCUGUACGUGCCGCGGAAAUGCUCCCCUAGCAACCGCAUCAUCGGUGCCAAGGACCAAGCAUCCAUCCAGAUGAACGAGGCCGAGGUUGACAAGGUCACAGGCAGGUUUAAUGGCCAGUUUAAAACUUAUGCUAUCUGCGGGGCCAUUCGUAGGAUGGGUGAGUCAGAUGAUUCCAUUCUCCGACUGGCCAAGGCCGACAGCAUCAUCUCAAAGAACUUUUGACUGGAGAGAAUCACGUAUGUGGAAUAUUUGUCAUAAAUAAAUAGUGAAAACCUAAAAAAAAAAAAAAAAAAAAAAAAAGACAAA